GAACCUGCUCAAUUUUUCGGAGAUCCCCUGUCGUGUUCUCUUACUGGAUGCUGUAUCAGACAAGAAAAUGAUCGCUCCUUUGCCAUCAACAUAGCGGUCUUCAUUUUUAGUGCUCCCUGGGCUGUCCAGGCUCAACCGACUCAGCGUCUUUCUCUCCCCCCCCCAACUCUUCGCUGGAGUUAGGACCCACCGACCACCCCUCUGCUUCGACUUACCUAUCGAUCCAUUCCCAGUCUCUAUCUUUGCGCUAACUCACCAUGAGCGAUCUCGAUAGGGCGAUCGCCCAAUUACGCGCCUGUCGCUUAAUACCCGAAACCCAGGUCCGUGAGCUCUGCUACAAGGCGCGAGAGCUCCUCAUAGAAGAAGGAAAUGUCGUCUGUGUAGAUGCGCCAGUCACGAUUUGUGGUGAUAUCCAUGGCCAGUUUCACGACCUGAUGGAACUCUUCCGAGUCGGAGGCGAUGUCCCCGACACCAACUACCUCUUCAUGGGCGAUUUUGUCGAUCGCGGAUUCUAUUCUCUUGAGUCAUUCCUCCUGCUUCUCUGCCUCAAAGUGCGCUAUCCAGACCGUAUCACCCUCAUCCGCGGAAAUCAUGAGUCGCGCCAAAUCACAACGGUCUAUGGCUUCUACGACGAGUGUAUCCGGAAGUACGGCAGCGCCAACGUAUGGCGUUAUUGCUGUGAAGUUUUCGACUAUUUGGCGCUAGGUGCCCUUGUUCUUGGAACAAGCUCGGAACUUGAACCAACAGGACCCGUUAUGAACGAUUCUACUCAGUCCACCAUGCCAAUUGACGACGCAGAGCUGGAGACCGAAGUACUAAACUCGAAGGGGGAGGUCACAUACAGCUCAUACCGACCAAGACAGAGUGCCUCGUCAGAUGCAACAAAAGAGAACAGAAACAUAUUGCCAUCAGGGGAUAUCCCAAGCCAGGCACCCCUCAGAACAGGUGCGCCCGGCACAGGUGCCUCGGGAGAAGGUGCGGGUAGCUAUUCGAGCAGAACCGGAGCAGUCCUCUGCGUGCACGGCGGCCUCUCCCCCCUGAUCGACACAGUCGACAAGAUUCGUCUAAUCGACAGAAAACAAGAAGUUCCCCAUGAAGGCGCCAUGUGCGACCUGUUAUGGUCGGACCCUGAUGAAAUUGACGGUUGGGGAUUGAGCCCGCGCGGUGCCGGGUUCCUGUUUGGCGGGGACAUCGUGAAGCAGUUUAACUACACAAACGACCUAUCCCUGAUUGCGCGCGCCCAUCAGCUUGUGAUGGAGGGCUAUAAGGAGAUGUUCGACGGCGGGAUCGUCACUGUCUGGUCAGCCCCUAACUACUGCUACCGUUGUGGAAACGUGGCAUCCAUCCUGGAACUCGGCGAAGACACAAGCAACGGUGGUACGGUGACGAGGAGCAAUGGUGACUACGGACGGAGCAACGGCAUUAUGGCAACUGACAAGCCAGGCGUGAGGAGUCCCGGAAGAAGGUACAGGGUUUUUGAAGCCGCUGCGCAGGAUACAAGGGGCAUGCCCGCCAAAAAGCCUGUUGCAGAUUAUUUCCUGGUAAGUCACCCUUUUCUCCCUAGCCAUGGCUCUCUCGUUCGUGCUUUCUAACUAGUUCAAUAGUGAUACCACUGACGCAUAAUUCCACUUCCUUUCUGUCCUAUCUACAUUCUUAUAUAGGCCGGCCCGUAUCAGCUCUUUUAUUCAAGACCCAGCGAUGAUUCUAGAAGUAUGAUGUUGUUGUGCAUACUUUGCAUUCUGAAGUUGAACCUGGAGUUACCUUUAUGAUCUGUUGAAAGCGGGGAACGAUCUAUUCUGUCUAUUCAUAUGUCCAUUGGGGUCGAACUGUCCAUAUCUUACACAGUGAUUUUAUUCAAUGUCUCAGACGAAUU